AUGAGUGCAUUAUUUUUCUAAUCUGAGCCUCAGCUCCUCCACUAGUAGAAGCUUAACUUCAACAUGGUCAACCCAUUAAAACUUAAGAUGAGUUUCAAAUUUCACGAUGACUUACUUACUCUGCAAAAGAGUGAUCUACUGUAACUAGUCUCUGAACGACAAAAUUAGACCAAUCUGGAGAUGUUGAAGAGAUUUGAUUUGAAGGACUUAUUGGUCUAUCCACAUUAGCAGUACGAUGGCUAGCACACUGGGUGGGGAACUGUGGUCUCCCUCCGCAAGAAUAACAUGCAGUCUGUACAGCAGAGAGAGAACAAGAACUUGGCCUCCUGGAUAAAUAAAGUUGGAGGCAGAGUCAAAUUUUCGAUCAAUGACGAACUAAAUAUUGUCAUUGUGGAAUAGCAGAAAAUUGAAUAGAUCAUCGACCACUUUCUUAGAUGGAGACUAAACCACUCGGAAAACUAUGAAAAUCGUUAAAUUCAACUUAACUAAAGACCAAAGAAACACCAAGAUUUAACUUAGAUCUAAAACUCUCAAAACCUUACAAAAAUUCUGCCAAGAAAUUAGAGGCAAAUGCAGCUACUUGGGUAAAGAACAACUGUAAAUUCCUUGCUCAACAUUGAAAAAGGCUUUAAUCAUGCUGACAGAUCUCAAUCAGUUGCUGAUUUUCCUCAAGUCGAAAUACAGCUGUUUGAUGCAAACAAGCAAAAGCAAGCAACUAUUGAGCAGUCAUUUAUGAAGAAUAUGAGUUUAGAUGAGAGAUUGAAAGGACCUAAUAGUCUUAGCAAUAGAUAAAAUUAUAAUUCACUUCAGGAAUGUAUGUAAAAUGCUUUCAAAUAAGAACCUGAUGAAGUUAAGAGAGACAUUGAAUUAUUGAACCUUAUCAUAACUAAUACUGAAGUCUUUAUAUCAGAUAUUGAACUAAUGUUUAAAUGCAUCUAGAAGUAUUAUUAUUUCACAGCAGAAUUCCAUAUGAAGAAGAAAUUGCCAGUAUCGCAAUCUCAAAUACCACAUGUAUUUUGCUUCACUUCUAAGUAUAAGCCAGAGAAUCACGUUCACAAGCCGCAUCUCUAUCAAGGCUCGCACAUAUUUGAAAGUAAGAUAGUAAAUCAGACUUAGUUGUUGGCUCAAGGGAUAUUGCCUUAAUAAGUUAAAAUAAUCCAGUUAUUGCCAACUUAUCAGCACAGAGCACCAUUAGGCUCCUCAGUGUUUCUUGAUCCUGAAGAAUUUAGACAUGUUGAAAAAGAUCGCAUCCAAAAGGAACAGUGCUACAUAAAGCAUGUGGAGAGACUUAAAAAGAAAAAAUUAGACCUCUAUGACAUCAAGACUCCUAUUCCAGCAAAUCCAAAUAGAUGUUUUGUCUGCGAGGACUAAAUUAAUGAUGGCUAUAAAGAACACUUGAAAUCUGAGUCACAUCUUAUGUGUAUUAGGAAUUAGCCCCUAUACAAUGAAAUUGACAACUUGAUAGAUUAAAUGAACGAAGAGCUAUUGCUAGAUGAAAAACAAAAGAAGAAAAGAGGAAGAAGAAAGGGAGGCAAGCAAGCAUAGGACGAUGAAAACUGCAAGGAGGAGUCAGACUUAUUUCACAAUCAAUCAUAGGGAGAGUAAUUGGGGAUGGGUAACACUUAGGAGAUGACUAACAUUAACUUUAUGUCAACUGAGGUAACGAUCGCCAAGUAAAUUCACAAGAGAAAGAAUAAAAUUCCUAUCUAUGUUGGCUAGGAAAUGAUUGAAUUAGAUAGAAAUACCAUUGAGCAGAAAAGGAUCAUGUAGAUGAAGAAUUUGUAAAUGCAGUAGUCUUUCCUACAACCAGCAGUUCUCCAAAAGAGGAAGAGAGUGCAGAUACUUGAAGAGGAGAAGGAAGAUUAAAAGCAGAUCAUUGCCUAAAAGAGAAUAGAAAACACUAUAAAGAAUGAGAUAGGCCACUAUUAGGCAGUGGAAAUUGAUAAAAACUUAGGGACCAACCUCAAUGAGAGAAUUUACUAUCAAGCUCCAAGGAAAUAUCUCACAAAGACUAGAAAAUAAAUCAAAGAUCAAAACUAGCAGUAAUCUCAGUCGCUUGACAACUAAAUUGAUAUAAUAUAGCAGCAGUAGGUUUGA